AUGAUUCACAAGACGAGCGGCUCAAUCCUCUCCCCGCCUACUCUAGCCAUUACUGAAUCUACUGGCCCUACGAAAAAUCUAUCUAUCUAUCUAUCUAUCUAUCUAUCUAUCUAUCUAUCUAUCUAUCGCACUCUGAUACUAUCUUAUCUAUCACUCUCUUUAUAUAUAUAUAACAUUCUGUUCAUAUCUAUCUAUCUAUCUAUCUAUCUAUCUAUCUAUCUAUCUAUCUAUCUCAUAGUACCUCUCUAUAUCUAUCUAUCUCACUCUGAUAAUUAUCUAUCUAUCUAUCUAUCUAUCUAUCUAUCUAUCUCACUGAUAGUAUCUAUCUAUGUCUAUCUAUCUCACUCUGAUAGUACUAUCUCUAACUCUGAUACUAUCUAUCUAUCUAUCGAUCUGUCUCACUCUGAUACUAUCUAUCUAUCUAUUUAUCAAUCUGUCUCUUCAUAUCUAUCUAUCUAUCUAUCUAUCUAUCUAUCUAUCUAUCUAUCUGUCUUCUCUACGGUGAAGCGCCUGUUCUAG